AUGGAAGUCAAGCUGAUGCUGGAGGCAUUGAUUCAGGAAACUGCAGCAAGCUUUGCUCGAAGAUUUGACAUGAUGGCAGAGUUUGCUGAGGUGCCAUGCCAGGAAGAGCAGAAGGGGCAACCUAAAGAGGAGGAGGAACCCUGUGUGUUCAGGUACCGGAUCAAGGGUCAAAGGAAGACCGUGGAAAACAUGGGCCUGCUGCUGAGUGGUGCAGGGGACCUGGUACCAAAUGACAUGGAAAAGGCCAAGAUACUAAAUGGCUUCCCUCCUCCAUGUUUUCUGAAAUUUACACUUUCUAAAAUUUUUGCAGCUAACUUUUCUGAGCAAGUAGUCGAAAGCUUUCCAUCCGAUAUCUCUACUGGUAUAUACUAUGGAUGGGCCUGUGUUGGAAAUGGAGAUGUGCAUAAAAUGGUUUUGAGCAUAGGAUGGAAUCCUUUCUAUAAGAAUAUUAAGAAAUCAGUGGAGAUGCACAUUAUCCACACUUUCAAAGACGACUUUUAUGGAGAGAUUCUUAGUAUAGUCAUUCUUGGAUAUAUUCGAUCAGAAAAAAACUUCAGUUCUUUAGAGGCACUCAUUUCAGCAAUUCAAGACGACAUUGAAGAGGCAAAAAGACAGCUAGAUUUACCAGAACAUCUUAAACUUAAAGACAACGAUUUCUUUCAUCUGCCAGAAGGCGAAACAGUAAACCACUAA